GAGUUGCAGCCCAGGGGCUGAUGAUAACUGUGUUCCAGGAGUGGGGACACAUCAAGAGUACAAGGGGAGGUAAUUGCUGAGUACAAGGGGCGCAGCUGGGCAAGCAUUGCAAAGUAUAAAUAGUCUGACUUCAAUAGCGCAUCAGUAUUAGAUCUACAUCUCCGAGCAAGCCGAAUUCUGGAAGAUCAGGUUUGCACUUCAACUCCAAGACGACAUACCACAGAGAAAUAUUGUACGGUUAAUGUAUUGGAGAGAAUAAAAAAAGACAGGGUCAUAUUCCUCAGAGCAGCAAUGGAAGAACUUACAGCUUUUGUUUCGAAGUCUUUUGAUCAAAAAGUGAAAGAAAGGAAGGAUGGGAUCACAUAUCGAGAAGUUCUUGAGAGCGGGCCUGUGCGAGCUCGGGAGCCGGGUCUGAGUGAAGGAAGCCGGGAUGAAGUAAUCGGCGCACAGCGUGGGGCGUCUCGAUCCCCAAGUAGCGAGCCAGAGAUCGGGCCAGAGAGACCGCGGGACAGCGGCACUCCGAAAUUAACUGAUCCGGGAAGUGGUGACAUUAAAGAGAAAAAAGAAGACACCAAACCAGUGGAAGAGGAAGCGCAGACAAAAAUUAAGCAACGGCGAAGUCGGACUAACUUCACACUGGAACAGCUAAAUGAGCUUGAGAGGUUGUUCGAUGAGACGCAUUAUCCGGAUGCGUUUAUGAGGGAAGAGCUGAGCCAGAGGCUGGGGCUCUCAGAAGCCAGGGUACAAGUAUGGUUUCAGAACAGAAGAGCAAAAUGUCGAAAACAAGAGAAUCAACUUCAUAAAGGUGUACUUAUUGGAACCGCUAGUCAGUUUGAAGCUUGUCGAGUCGCACCGUACGUUAACGUGGGAGCUUUGAGGAUGCCAUUUCAACAGGAGAAUCAUUGCAACAUGACGCCACUAUCCUUUCAGGUCCAAGCGCAACUGCAGUUGGACAGUGUGGCGCACGCCCAUCAUCACCUCCAUCCACACCUGGCGGCACAUGCGCCCUACAUGAUGUUCCCGCCACCGCCCUUCGGUUUGCCUCUGGCCACCUUGGCAGAAUCUGCUACUGUCGUGGCGGCAGCAGCUGCCGCCAAAACCACCAGUAAAAACUCCAGCAUUGCAGACUUGAGACUCAAAGCAAAAAAACACGCCGCAGCACUAGGCCUGUGAUCUCAACAGCAAUUUCAAGUUUAAAAGACAAAACCUCCAAAGGAGGAUGGACGCGCAGCUGGGAAAAAGUUCGGGAGUGAGCUUUCUGCGAAUUCAUUUUAGCACAAGUUUACUUGAUACCCAUGGGGGCUGGCCCCCUCUCGUAGAAUGGAAAUCCUGAUGCUUACUUUUGCUUCCCAUAAACUAUUGGAACAUUACACAGAAGUGGAAAGUGGAUUUCAUAACUGUUUGAGUGAACCAUUUAUGAGAGUCAAGAGUGAACAAUCAAAUGAAGUGCAAAGAAUUACACUUGCAUGUAUAUUUAUACUAUUUUCAAUGACGCUUAUGUCCUUUAAAUCAGAAUUGCACUUGGUUUAUGUUAGGUGGGACACAUAAUUGUUAUGCAAGUGUGAAGAAAAUAAUUUCAGAGAUUUUCAUUUUAGAAUUUUCCAAUGUACUAUUUUCUUGUCCUUACAAUAACUGAAAUAAUGGACAAUAAUAACUAUUCAACCUAGAUGUCCAUUUGUUUUAGAUCAAAAGAUAUAAAUUAUGUAUCCUACAUUUCGCCGUAAACUCAUGUAGUUUAAUCCCUACGAUUAAGGUACGGUCCUUUGUGUAAAACAGUUGUCAAUACACGAACAAAGUUUUAUUUUGGUUAAAUUGUGUAUGACUGAUAGACUGUCAGUAUUUAAUUUUUAUUUCAUAUGUGUUUUUAUUCAUAAAUAUUUCUCUUGUGCUGUUGUGGGAAUUUAUUUCACAUAGAUGUUUAUGGAAUAUGUUUCUUUGGGGUGUUGGUUUCAUUGAAAACCUUGAUUCACUCAUGGGACAGCAGAAUUUGAAGAGCUCAUUGCAAAGGGAUAUUACUUAGAGUAAUUAUGUCCUUUCCCGCCGUCAUGAUAGAAAUCGGAAGUAAAGAUGUACUUCAAUUCAUAGAUGCUGCGCCAUUCUUGGAUUAUUUAUAAUAAAGUGAACAGACUAUUUGUACAAGUGUUCAACGAUGACUCUAAACAUGAAACAAAACCUUCUCUGUUGUACAGUUCUACGGUUUAAUGUCAAUGCAAUUAAUCUGAAUGAAUUAGAUUAACGGAAAUCAGCCGAUAUCGAUCAGAUUUUGCAUAUAUUGCAACGAGUGCCAAGUCAGAAUGAAAUGAUUUUAUAUAUUUAAUUAAAAUAUGUUGAAGCCGUC